ACCGACUUGCUUCACUGACCACGGAUUGUCGUUGGCCCAAGUCAGUUGACUUCGAGAGCUGCGCAUGCGCAGAACGUUUGAUGAUCAGACUGGGUAAAAGUGCCGGGCAUUUUAAUGAGCUAAUAAAUUGAGUUGCGAAAGUGAAUUUAACAGAAAGUGUGGGAACAUGUGGAUAUGCUCAGCGGUUUUGCUUCUGGUGGGAUUUACACUGGCUGAAUCACCCCCCGAUGAAACAUUAGAUAGAUUUUUGAAUGAAACCAAUCAACAACUCGCUGUUAUUUAUGAUCAGGCUGUUCUGGCUCAGUUUCUGAAUGAGUUGCGCGGACCCAAUGAUUUGGUGGCUCUCCUGGAGAUCGAGGUCACCGACGAUAAGCUUCUGAAGUAUGUGAGGACUUUGAUGACCCGCAAGGCCAAGUUCAAGCGCUUGGGACUGGGAGACUCGCGCCAGCGGAGAUUACUUUCCAAGUUUCCCCAACUGGGCUACGAGGCUCUGAACGACAGAGAUUUGAAGCGGGUCUACGCACUGGCCUCUAACAUGAGCGACAAUUACCAUAAUGUCAAGCUGUGUGCUUACAAACAGCCGGAGAAUUGCACUUUGAGACUCAUACCAGAGGUCCAAUCGAUAGUUCAAGGGAGCCGAGAUCUGGACGAGAUCGAAUAUUACUGGUUCGAGUGGCGAAGGCGCACUGGUUUGGCCACCAGAUCUCAGUUUGUGGCGUUUAUGGAUCUUUAUAAAAAGACCGCCCAGCUAAAUGGAUAUCCUCGCGCCGAGGACUACUGGUUUCGAUCCCUGGAACUGGAUGGUCAGAAGACCAUGGCUCUGCUGGAUAAAAUAAUGCAUGGCUUGAGGCCUUUGUUUCUGCAGUUCCACGCCCAUGUCAGGGGAUCGCUGAGGAAGAUGCACGGUGAGGACUUGGUGCCGAGGAACCGACCCUAUCCCCAGCAUUUGGCAGAGGUCUUCAUUGGCAAUGCCUUCAGAAGGGUGCAGGCUGAAUGGUAUGUGGAUCUACCUUCACCGGAGACGGGGCUGGCCAAUAUUACCCAGGAGCUGCAUCGCCGGGGACUGAGCACGACUCAAAGGGUGUUCUGGAAUGUGGCCGAGUACUACAGAGCCCUUGGUCUGCCCCAGCUGGAGGAAUCCCUUUGGACUUAUGCCCAGAAGGUAGCCUCCGAUGACGAUGAUCGGUGUUGGCACAAAGCCUGGCGGUAUUAUGCCCUGCCCAGGACCAACUUUACCUUCUGUCCUCUGAAUGACGAGGAGCGUUUCUUCAACAUGUUUGAGGCCCACUCGGACUUACACUAUUAUCGAGCUGCCUCAGUGCAGCCAACCUUACUCCAAGAGGAGCCCUUUCCCAAUUUCAGUGAUGCCAUUGGCAAGUGUUUUUCCAUGGCAGCCAGUUCACCGCGGUUCCUUAGGAAACUUGGGCUACUAAGGGAUGCCAAGUGGAAGGAGUUGCCCGCUCGUCUGAAUCGAUUAUAUGUUCAAGGCCUGAGGGUUGUGUUCCUCCUGCCCGUUUUCUAUGUCCUGGAUCGUUAUCGAGUGGAAGUCCUGGCCGGUCACAUCAAGGCGGAUGACAAUGAGGCCUAUUGGCGAUUUACUGAGCAUUUUACAGGAGCGACAGCACCAACGAAGAGGACCAACGAACAGUUCGAUGUUCCGGCCAAACUUCUCAUGGAGGUAGACGAUCAGUAUGCCAGCCACUUUCUUAGCAUUGUUUUGCAGUUCCAGCUGUUAAAAUACUUUUGCACCGAAUCAGGACAGUUUGAAAAUGGGAAUCCCAGGAUGCCCUUGGACUUGUGCGAUCUUUCCGAUCAACGAGGCAUAGGAGGGAUUCUCCUUAAAGGCAUGUCGCUGGGCUCUUCGGUUCACUACAGACAGGUACUUCAGGAACUUGUUGGUGAACCCGAGAUCAGCAUAGAUGGCUUGCUGACCUACUUUCAACCUCUAUAUGAUUGGUUGCAACAGCAAAAUCAACAGAAUGACCUGGAAGUGGGUUGGAAAUAAAUUGUGUGCCGGAAA